AUGAAUCUAGUGACCGCUACAGGAAUCAUCGGCGGCAAAUCAUCAUCAGCGCCGCCGCCAAAUCCACCACCGCCGCCGCCGCCUCCCCCCCUGCAGCAGCCCUCAAACAAGAAGAAAAACAAGCCCACCACCACCAAAGUCUUCCGUGUAUUCCGUUCAGUCUUUCGUACCUUCCCGAUAAUCACCCCUACUGCCUGUCAAUUCCCCAUCCUCGUCGGCGGCGGCGUCCUUCCCGACCAUCGCGGUGGUGGUGUCUCGUCCAAUCGCGUGACCGGGACUCUGUUCGGGCAACGUAAGGGCAAGGCUAGUCUCUUGAUACAGGAGAAUUCCAAUACCCUACCGACGGCCGUCGUGGAAUUGGCGAUACAAACGAACCUGCUUCAGAAAGAGAUGAGUGUGGGAAUGGUGAGGAUCGCAUUGGAAUGUGAGAAACGGCCGGAGAAAGAGCGGACGGAGCUGCUUGAAGAGCCGAUGUGGACAAUGUAUAGCAACGGGAAGACGAGUGGAUAUGGCGUCAGGCGAGAGCCAAAUGAACAAGAUCUGAAGGUGAUGGAGAUUCUCCGGGCAGUCUCGAUGGGAGCCGGCGUCCUUCCUGCUCUCGAUGGAGAUGGCGAGUUGGCGUAUGUGAGAGCACAUUAUGAACGGGUUGUGGGUUCGAAGGAUUCGGAGACGUUUUACAUGUUGAGCCCGGACGGAAGAAACGUACCAGAGCUCAGCAUCUUCUUUGUCAGGAUUUAA